GGCACUGGCCUCCUAAGCCAGGGAUUGUGGGUUCGAGUCCCAUCUGGGGUGGAAAUCUUUUAAACGCUUAGCGAUCCAACAGGUGACAGAAAGCUAACUGUAGGCCUAGAGAGACAAGAAUGUUAUGCGAAGUUUAGCCUUUAAGGUAGAAAUUCGUCGUAGCGCUUACCUGCCACCGUAUGUAGUCUAUAUUUGACUGAAGGUUUGUAUAUGGAUUGAAUAGCGCUAAUGAGAUUCAUAACGUAAACUCCUUAAUGGUGUGAUUUGAAGUAAAACAUGCAUCGUUUUGCCGGGGGGGUUAUUUUGUGCGUCGUAACGGCGGCCAUCGUGAAGGUUCAGCAUGUUCAGAGAGCCACCGUAUAUUGGGAUGCUGUGCAGAGAUCUGUGGUGCUGAAAGAGGACGCAAUGGAAGAGGAAGGAGAUGCUUUUGGUUAUUUCAACGAUAGUUUGUAUGUUUCUGGAUGGGGAGUGCUGGAAGUACAGGCUGGUUAUGGACAAUUCCAGGAGAACGAUGAAAUUACAUAUUUCUUGGCUGGAUACCUUGAAGGAUACCUUACAGCCCCACAGAUGAUAAACCAUUACCAUAAUAUGUAUCCUCAGAUGAUAAAGGAUAAUAGUGUUUUGAAACGCCUGAAACUCUUUAUAAGUGAGCAGGACUCAUGGACAAGAACACAAGUGAAAUUACAUGCGAAGACUGAUCCUUUGUGGCAUCAUGUGGGUCUUCUAGUGGCUCAGAUGGACGGACUGCAUGCUGGAGCAGAGUACUGGGCCAAAAGCAGACAGGAAAAGCCUCUUUCCAUGUUUGCGGUUCAGUUCCUCAAUGGUAUUGGGGAUUUGCUAGAUUUAAUCCCUGUUCUUAAAAGGCGUUCCAACUCUUCUUCUGACUCCUUCAGAAUGCCCGGCAUGAGUCACUGCUCUGCUCUCAUCAAGAUGUUACCUGGAUAUGAGAAUCUGUUGCUUGGUCACUCCAGCUGGUACACCUAUGCUGCAAGCAUGAGGAUCUACAAACAUUGGGAUUUGAAAAAUAAACAUAAUGGAACAAGCAGACUGUCCUUUAGCAGCUACCCUGGGAUCUUGUCAUCUCUGGAUGACUUUUAUUUGCUGGGAACAGGAUUGUUUGUAACUCAAACCACCAUUAACCUGUUCAACUCCUCCCUGUUCUCUCUGGUGACCCCAGAGGCUUUGCUUGCCUGGCAAAGGGUGCGCGUAGCAAAUGCUCUGGCCUGCACGGGGAAGCAAUGGGCCCAAAUAUUUUCCAAACACAAUUCGGGGACCUACAAUAACCAGUAUAUGGUGGUGGAUCUGAAAAGAGUUUCACUUGGAAAGCAGAUUGAGGAUUGGAGUCUGACUGUUACGGAGCAGAUUCCUGGUUUGGUGUUGUAUUCUGAUCAGUCACAAGCUCUGCGUCACGGUUACUGGGGAUCCUACAACAUACCUUUCCACUCAGACAUUUACCGAAUGAGUGGUUAUGGCGUGAUGUGGAAAAAGUACGGAGAAGACUUCUCAUAUGACCUCUGUCCACGUGCUAAAAUUUUCCGCAGGGACCAGGGAAAAGUCACUAAUCUGGACACUUUGAAAUAUAUUAUGAGGUACAAUGAUUACAGAAAGGACCCAUAUUCAAAGAAGCAUCCUUGUAAAUCCAUCUGCUGCCGAAAUGACCUGAGGCUCCGACGACCUCAUCCAGGGGGUUGUUAUGAUACUAAGGUUACAGAUUAUCACAUGGCCCAGAUGUUUUCAGCUGAAGCUGUGAACGGACCCACUACUCAGAAUGGUCUUCCACUCUUCUCUUGGAGUCGUUUUAAUCGGACAGCUCAUCAUGGGCUCCCACAGAUGUACAACUUUACUUUCAUCAGCAUGCAGCCUUUGCUCUUUGGUUCCAGAGACCAAGCCAGGACUGAUAGGCCUAGUACAGCAUAUGAACAGCAGUCUAAAGGAUACAGAUGAAAGACUUGGAACGGAUUUAAUCGACUUAGCAUCAGAUAUUUACAAGCAGCUUCGUAAAGUCACUGGGUACAUUUUUGCCCCAUAAUUAUUUAUUUUUUUUUGUGUGUGUGCAACUGAAUCCAUAAUACUUCCAAUUAGUGCUGGGCAUGUAUAUGCAAUGAAGUAAAAAAUAUUUGCCCUAACUUGUGUUAAUGACAAAGUUCACGCUCGUGGAUAUUUACAAAUUAUCAAUAAAAUCAAUGUUGACAUUUAAGAUUAAGAUAAGCUGAUCUGAACGAUGUGAGACUCUGCGGUGUUCUUACUUUUCCACUGGAGAAAGCAACAGGGUCUGUUAAUGUAAAAAUGUCCUAAGAGACAGAUAGAUUAGUUUAUUAAAAGCACAGAGAUAAAUUAGGCAUAUGUUAAAAUAUUUUAUUUUAUAUUAUAUUUUAUGUUAUUUUAGAAAUCUGUUUUCUCUUUUUGCAAGCUUAAUAAUUUGUAACUACAGACUGAAUAAACAUUUACUGAAUUU